GGGAACCGGAAAUUUCUCUUCUUCGUCCCAUUCCUAUUGUUUGUAGCUUGGCUAGCUAGCUAUUCUCCCGAUGGGGAAACUCUUCGCUCAUCGGUAUUUCGAAAUCCAUAGUACCACACAUAUUUAUUAGACAUUUUAAAGUGUAUAAUAACCAUAGACGACCCUUGAAAAUGAACACAAUAGUUGGAUCUAUGUGGAAUUCCAAGGCUUUACACGAGCAGUUAGCGUCCAUCAUGGGGGCGUUGACCAAGGCAGCGGUGGCAGACAUCUGUGAAGUCGUUGAUGAAGGUUAUGCGAUUUUGCAAUUAGAAAUAUCAAGAAGCUAUAAGGAGAACGAGGACCUCAAGAAGAAACUGCAUUUGAUCGAGUCUAUAAUUGCCCGAGGAAGCGAUGGGAAAGGCGGAGCUCAAGAUGUUGCUACAGAACCAGUCCCACCGCCAGGUGAAUGUGUCCUUCCAAAGCCGUCUCUGCCGGAGGACACCUGUCAUAAAAGUAAUGGGAUCAUAACUACUGGAAAUCGCUAUUUUGUUGAGGAAGAAGAGUUACCUGAUGUGGUGCUCAUCAAAGAUGAGGACUCCGAAGACUGUGAUACACAUGAGGAAGGUGUUAAUGUCUCCUCUGUGGAAGGGGAUAGCGCUUCCCAUACAUCCCCCAAUUCAAGAAAAGAGGGGACCAGUCCGGCACAUUUCAUAAGUAAGAAGAGGGACUGGCAAGGGAAAGAAGAUGGCAGUAUCUUCCAGAGUGAGCAAAAGAAGGAGUCAUCCAUGCACACACUCAAACGUCCGGCAUCUAGAUUAGGUUUUGGGAAACGGAGGAGCAUGGGCCCUCAGUACACUCUGCAUGAAAGCCCCAAUCAGUCAGGUUCCUCUCGUCUCCAAAGUGGGGACAGAAUGGAGACAGGAGAGCUUGUUUGCUCCUAUGCCUCAGAAACAGACUCUGAUGUGCUUGUGGUACACCCUGAGCCUCCGCUUGUUCCCACUGUAUCAGCUGUCAACUCCAGCAGUCAAGCAGGGACUCAUAGUGACAGGAGGGAUAUGGACAUGAUUGACUCUCAGCCUUUCCAAGUAGAGAUGGACAUGUGCUCUACGUGGACCAAAACGGCUAAGCCAGAGAUUACGUUCUCCCAGCUCCAACAAAAUCUAGAAAAUAUUUCAGGCAUGAGUCCUGCUCACUGUCAGAUCACACAGGGGUUGAACACAGGAUCGAAAUUUGACGGACCAGACAUGAUGAGUUUUGGCAUGUACGACAAACAGUCCAACCUCCCCCAGUGGAGCGAGGUCCAAGGGGGCUCUGACAGCAGGGAGAAGCGUUUUGUUUGCCUCUUCUGUCACAAGUGUCUCAUGACGUCUCAGAACCUUGAGGUGCACAUGCGCAUUCACACAGGAGAGAGACCUUUCAGUUGCAGCCAGUGCGGGAAAAGGUUCACCCAGUCAGCCCAUCUGAAAACCCACCAGAGCGUACACACUGGAGAGCGGCCGUUUGCAUGUAGACUUUGUGGGAAAAGUUUCAUAGUGAAAUACAGUCUCACGUUACACCUUAAGAAACACCACCCCAAUGUUUGAUGCGUUUGUGAUGUUAAAACAAAUGGGACAUGCAUGAGAUUGUAUCUUAACAAUUUACUGUCCAAAAGCUUCUAAAAAUACAUUUCUAUUGUUUAAAAUUGGAUCACAAUUCCAUGUAUGAAAUCCUUUUAUGUAGGUAUUAGAAAAUAAAGAAUAUAUACGGUGACUACUUUUAGUACUUCUCAUGAAAGAUUUCUGUAUUUUAUUUUUGUUUACAUUUUGUAUAGUUUUAAUGUUUUCUAUGAACUACCAUUGGUUGUCAUCAGCAGGCUAAACAUACAAGUUAUUGUAGAAGGGUUAGGGAUAAAAACAAUAUUGCCUAGUGGGCUAAGAAAACAAUUGUAGCUAAGAACACUCUUUGCCCUUCCGUGUCAAAAUACUGUAGAUACUAUUUUGGGGUGGACACAAUAAGAGCAUGUUCCCCAUAGUGUGUCGAACCAAAUUACCGUAUACAUGGAUUCUUGUUUGAAUUACAAUAGCAAUUAAAUCAAGACUUGCAUUAAACUGAAAUUCCUACCCUUUUCCCACUCUAUAGUCAUUAUGUCUGGACCAAUAUCAUGGUCUGCAUAUGUGAAAACUGUGGAUUUAUACUUUUUGUAGUAUAUAACUGAUAACGUUGUAAAAAAAAAGACAUUUAAACUGAAUGUUAUUUUUUUCAGGCUAAAGGUGUGGAUGGUUCAGCACAUCAGCAUUUUCUAGGUAGAUUUUUUUUAAUGUAGGUCCUGCUUGCUCUGCUGCCACUACUCCAUCUCUUGACCUUACUUUGUGUCUCGAGGACUCUGCACUACUGUCAGUUGUAAUAGGAGACGGUUGUAAACAGAAGCACACCAAAAACAGGCAGGCUAUUUAGGAUGCAUAUCAAACAAGCAAGACAACAAAUAGGCAGUCAGAAUAGCGAUGUAUGUUCUUUUGUUGAUCAUCGUUUUAAAUAUUGGUUCGUGAUGUGAGGACACUGCUCUUGGUUGCUGGAGGUGUUCAGAGACUUAAGGGACGUACAGACUGGUGACAAAUCAAAGGGAAAAACCAGUGUUGGGCCACCAGAACAGCGUAAAUGCACUUUGGCAUAUAUUCUACAAGUCACUAACUGAUGGAACACCAUUCUCCAAAAAUCUAUUCUCUCAUUUGGUGUUUUGUGGAUGGUGGGUGUUGGCCAACAAUUAGAUCUGUGUUUCCCAAACCUUUUCAGUUACUGUACCACCAACAGAAUUUAGCUUUGCUCUAAAAACCCCUGAAGUACCCCCUCGUUAAUUUGACUAGUAAGCCUAUGUUGUCAUGAGUGUUCUCAAGUACCCCCUGUUGAUAGGUCCUCGCACCCCUGGUUGGGCGUUAGAUCAGGGCUGCUCAACCCCGUUCCUGGAGAUCCACUGUAUAGGUUCUCUCUCCAACCUAGUUUAGCUAUUCAUCCAGCUAUUAGAAUAAGGUGUGCUAAAUUAGAGUUGGAAAGAGAACCUACAGUAGAUCUCCAGGAACAGGGUUGGGCAGCCCGACGUAGACCCUUUCCUUGUGCCAUCUUGGUCCAGAAUCGAGGUCCUCUGGCCCUGCUCACGUGCCACAUGUUAGGAUGUUAACUGCUUAAAUGUAUGGAAGCAUCUGCCUUUAUCUUCCUCCACUCAUUUAUUCAGGGGUUUCCUAUCAUUUGUCACUCGUCUGUAUCUUCAUGUUAUGGUCUUGUGAAAAGCUGAAUGUAUUCUGACCGAUGCUCUUCUAUUUUAGAAUGUCUACAGGUUCAUACCGUUGUUAGAAGAAACGUGAUUGUCACAGUGGUUGGCAGAUAUGUCAAGGUUAUGUACUGCUGAAUUUGAUUCAUUAUAAGAUUAAAGGUGUACCGGGCAAAUUCCUAAUGUCUGCAUG